CCAUUUGAUAAGACAAAACUCACAAAGAUUACACUUCGAAGAUGCAACGGAAUCGUGAACAGCACUUUAACAUGAUUAACGUGACAACAGUCAGAAUUGUGAUUUUGUUGUUGUAUUUGUCAACAACCUCAGCCCUUCAAUGUUACAGUUGCCAGAAUGUACCUGACAAACGUGAUUGUCGCAGACUUGUCACAUGCGGUGCACAUCAGACAUGUUACACGAACCGUGUUAUUGACGGCACCAAAACCCCUAUGUACAAUUUAGGAUGCGAAGACCAAUUUGCUUGCAGCCAACAUUCACAAAGUGCACUCGGUAAGAGAGAAGGGAAUCCUGCAUACCCGGAGUUAAGCGAUGGGAAUCCGGACCAAAAACGUAACGUACAAACAACAUGUUUCGAGUGUUGCAAUAACACAGACGCAUGCAAUUUUAAUAUUUGUGGAACAGUCACGACAACUACACGGCGAUGCCUUUCAUGCAGAGACGUUACGAAAACGGAUGAUUGUGAUCAGAUCAUGGAGUGCGCCCGAGACGAGUUUUGUUACGUCCAUAAAGGAAGCUCCCAAAAUAUUGCCUCUUUCGAAAGUCGUUAUGAUUUGGGCUGCAUGGGAGCGAUGCAAUGCAAUGCGUUGAAGUUGGUUUAUCCUAAAUCGUGUGUGGCAUGCUGUAAUCAUACCGAUUUCUGUAACUAUGACGUAUGCAACGGUUGGACACCUCCUUCGCGGCAGUUACCUACGACGUCGACAACAACAGCAACAGUCUCGACGAGGACGCCACCAAGUAUCGCAAUUAACGGUCCAAGUAAGGAUCAUUACAUGAAAAGAAUUGUACUCACGUGCGUGACCGUACCACCGGCGCAGUCAUAUACAUGGAAAUUUAACGGUAUAGUGACGUUACCAAAAGGUGUCACAGUUCACCAAGUAACGACAUAUCCUGGCAGUGUUGCUGGGUUAAGCACGCUCCUUAUUGCAAACCUUUCUGCCUCUGAAAAAGGGAUCUACACAUGUGUUGCUAAUAUUAACGGACAGACGGUUGAACGAUCACAUUCCCUUGGCAUAAUUUCAGAAAAGCCAGCCGUGCACAUAGUGAAGUCGCCAGUAACACGAUCGUUUUCUUUGCAAUGCCAAGUAACCGGAUAUCCUGUGCCUCAUAUCAGUUGGGAUUUCAUACCAGACACAGUUAGUGUACAUGGUAUUCCUCCUGGUGUGGCGGUGAAUAACGAAGUGUUAAAAUCAACAUUGUUUGUGCAACAUUACCAACCAUCCGAACAUAUGGGCACGUGGUACUGUAAGGCGUAUAACCCCGUUGGCUCUGCGAUGGCACAUAUCCAUGUACCUUAGGUAUGUGGCCGGCUGUAUUGAAAUGUAAACACAUGUGAUGUAUUAAAGAACACUAUCACUGUAGAAAAAUA